AUGAUCACGAAACUCGGAAGGGUACACGAAAUAAACAUCCUGGGGAAGUCGCUCUUCCGCCACGAGUUGAAUAAACUUGACAUCGCACUCGCGCGCCACCGCGCCACCGCGCCGGCGCUUGUGGCUACGGCGACGUGCCCGAGCCCUCAUGUGACCGUGUUCGAUGUUGAACGCGUCGCGUCGGUCUGCUCGCGUCCUCGUCUGAACGUGGUUUAUUGCUGGUACAAGCACGGCAAGUGGGCGAUCAAGGCGCUCGAGAAGGGCAAGCACGUCCUCCUCGAGAAGGCCUUCGCCGCUAACGAUGCGGAGGCGCGCCGCGUCAUCGAGACCGCGCAGCGCACCCUGCAGCACGACAAGGUCCUGCAGACACACGCAAUCAUGACCUCGCCCGUCUGCUCGAUCCCCGCGUCGGACAUCCGCUGGCAGUUCGACCUCGCGGGCGGCGCGCUGAUGGACGUGACGUACGUCCUCUCGAGCACGCGCUUCGCGCUCGACGCGGGUGCCCCCUUGUGCGUCAAGUCCGCGCACACGCGGCCGUCGCCAUGGGAUGAGCGUGUCGACGAGGCGAUGGACACGACGCUCGUGUACCGUGAGGGCUCCGCGGAGGGCGCAGAGGGUGAGUACAACGUCGAGGCGACGGUGUAUGCGGAUAUGCGCCGCGCGAACGUCGCCGGGCUCGUUCCGCGCGUGUGGGAGCUCCCUACGAUCGAGGUCGAGACGGAGCGUGCACUCGUGACGCUCUAUAACUUCACGAUGCCCCACCGCGUACUGUACCACUACAUCGCGACAAAGGACAAGGCGACGGGCGAGACGCGGUACGAGACGCACUACCUUGAAGUACUCCGGGAAGAGCAUCAGUAG